UGCAUCGCUCGCUUUGCCAGUGCCUUGACUUGUUUUUUUUUCGGAUCGCUGUAGGGUUAAUAAAUCAUCCUUUAGUUAGCGCGCCAUCUUUCCCAGCUAGUGAGCGACACCCCGCUUCAAGUGUCACCGUCAUUGUGAAUUUCGUGCUUGCUAGCCCGAUCUUUGUCCUAGGAGUGAGCCCCGGAGACGAACAAUAUUCGAGUACGAAGACAAAGCAAGGCAAGCGUCGUCAGGAUUCACAGAUGAAAGAUGCACCUUGUACAACGCGGUAUUAUUCUUGCUAAAGGAAUUUUCCUAAUUUGGCUGUCGGGCUUGUCGCUCAGUGAAGCAGUCAGUUAUACUCCAGUGGAAAUUAUUUCACUCGUGCGCAUACGUACAGAGGGAAAUAAGUGCCAACACAGCCGCUGGUAUUUCAGUUCGACAGUGAACGUGAGGGACAGAUGUGAGCGGCUGUCAUGUUAUGCAGAAGACAACGUUGUGGUGAAGCUGAUGUGUGCCCCGCCUCCGGUAGGGUGUCAUCGGGAGUCAAAAUUUGCUCAAGCACCCUUUCCCCAUUGCUGCCGUGUCAGCUGCCCACAUAUACAUGUGUGCGUCACGGACAAUGGCACAGUGCUGACAAACGGAACGAGCUUGAACUCAGCAGACCCGUGUGUGCGAUAUCAAUGCCGGAACGGAGUCCUCACAAAAGAAGUGUGUCCACUGUACAAUGACAAUAAGUGUCCGAUUUCCCCUGGAAAGCCAGGCUCUCCUUAUCCAGCUUGUUGCGACUUGGAGAGCACUUGUGAGGAUGUAACAAGGAAAAGCGGAAUGCAGUUCAACUUGAGAGCCGAAUAUCACAAAAUCAAUAACGCUGUUUAGUAGAUCCUUUUCGAAAGACGUUAACGUGCGCCUUUCUACAUUUCUGGUUGUGGCAGUCCAUUCUCGCUGAGAAAAAAAUCUGAAGUGCGUUUUCACAAAAACAAGUUA